CUCAGUGGAUGUGGUCUCGAACAACUAGACAGUUUUAGCUUUUCGUCUUUUUGCGUUGUGAUUUUUGUGCAUCCUGACUGUGAAUCGGCCUCUUCCCCUGCCUGCAGUCAAAAUGACUAAGAAGAGGCGCAAUAACGGACGUUCUAAGAAAGGGCGUGGCCAUGUCAGACCGAUCCGCUGCACCAACUGCGGACGCUGCGUCCCCAAGGACAAGGCCAUCAAGAAGUUUGUCAUCCGUAACAUCGUGGAGGCAGCGGCUGUCCGAGAUAUCUCCGAGGCCAGCGUGUAUGAAGUGUACGCCCUGCCCAAGCUGUAUGCCAAGCUUCACUACUGUGUGAGCUGUGCCAUCCACAGCAAGGUGGUGAGGAACCGGUCACGCGAGGCUCGUAAGGACCGCACCCCUCCACCCAGGUUCCGCCCACCAGGAAUGGGCCAGAGAGGGCCAGCCCAGGGAGGCCAGGGAGGUGGUCCCAGUGGUGGUGGAGCAGGAGGUGGUGGGCCGCCCAGGACCUAGAGCUCAGGCUGUCUACAUGGUGGCUACUGUCACAACACAGGAUUAUAAACAUACAAUAAACCUGUAAUAUCAGAU